UUUCGUUCUAUCAGAAAAGAAACCAGAACAACCAGCUCCUUCUCUACCCUUUCCCCCUUCUUCUUCUUUGUCUUCUGUGUCUUUCUCAUUAUAUUUAUAUAUAUAUAUAUCUAUCUCCUUCAAGCUAGUAGCGCUUUCUCUCGCCAUUUUUUUCUGCUGAACACGGUGAAUGUUGAGGAUCUGCCACUUUUCUCAAAUUGAAUGAGAUGUAUGUUCAGAGAGGAUUUGCCGGAUUAUAGCAGAGUUUGAUUUUGGAAUUCUCAAGUGAAUUAGAUUUCCUUAGUUUCAUUGAUAUAUUCUAGCGUUCGUGAAGAUUUUUCCCUUCUUAAGAUACAUAUUUUUCUUGGAAAAUCACGGAUUUUGGAGCUCUGAACUUCGAUAGUCCUGUAUUACAGGGAUGAUCGUGGCCGACUUGAUUUUACAGCCAUAGUCGGAGACAGAAGCUCUGAAAUGUCGCCAUUAUUUGGAUUUUAGACAUAGAUUCGCAUUUCUGCAGAGCCUAGGAACUGAAAUCGGAAAGCUUUCUCCGUCUCAUGCGACAGGGGAACCAGAUUUAGGUGAGAAACUAAACAAAGUUAAUCAGAGCUGGAACUGUGUGCGUUUGAUUCUCCUCAUCGCAACCUUGCAGCGGUGAAUCCAAUUUUGAUGAAAUCGAAAACUCGCUUGUUUAUUUUCUUCGGUUGCGGUAGUUCCAGAAGGAAUUGAUUGUUCAUCAAGUGUAAGUUUACGGUGGAACAACAAAGAGGAGAUGGAUAAAGAGUCUUCUUCAGUUGUUCGGAGCAGCAAUAACAACGUUAACGGCGGAGGUGGGGAAGGGUCUUUGGUGUUGAGGGCGAGUUCCGAUGGGACGAGGCACACAACGACGCCGGAUUUGGUGUUACAGUGGGGGAACCGGAAAAGACUAAGGUGCAUGAAGGUGCAGGUUAAGGACAAGGAGAAAGACGACUCUUCCGCACCGGUCCAGAGGACAACGGUUCGGGUGGAUCGCCGGGUCGUUAGAACCGAUAAAGACUCUUUAAAUAAGCCCCCACUUGGUCUCAAUAAUAACAAUAUUACCCUCGCCAAUAAUAAUCAUAAUCAUCAUCAAACUAACGGAUAUCCCAAUCUCCGUCAACGCCCAUCUUCGCCGCAGCAACGAAUUCUCAGGAACUCGGAGACUUCAAGUGCUAUGAGAGGAGUAGUAGGAGGGCAGAGCAACGGGGGUGUUAGGGGAAUUGCGUCGCCGGAUAGGGGUGCGCACGAUAAGAGGGGUACGCACAACAACAACAACCACCACCACCAUCAUCACCAUAACGACAAUAAUAAGUCCGCUGCCUCAUCGGAUACUGCGCACGAUAGCAAAAAGGGUGGGUCACCCUCCGGCAGCGGGGAUGCGGUUCCGCAGGUGUGGCCACCUAAGUUCGUGAUUGCCUUGACCAACAAGGAGAAGGAAGAAGAUUUUUUCGCCAUUAAGGGUACAAAGCUCCCUCAGAGACCCAAGAAGAGAGCUAAAUUCAUACAACGCACCCUCAAUCUGGUAAGUCCAGGAGCAUGGCUGUCCGAUCUUACCUUGGAACGGUACGAAGUUAGGGAGAAGAAGAUUUCCAAAAAGAGACCUAGAGGGUUAAAAGCUAUGAACAAUGUGGAGUCUGACUCUGAAUAGUGGGAAAAGCGUGUUGGAAGAUGAUAAGAUGUUUUAGGUGACGUGAGGGUGCUUAUGUUUGUUAAGGAUGUAACAAAUGUUGGGAUAUUGUAAAGCAUGGCAUCCCAGGUUGCAUGCCAACAAAAUCAAAGUCGAAAUAUAAAUAUUUUAGCCUUGUCUCU